GCGCAGCGAGCCGUGCUUUUUUGGGAGGACUCGGAACAGGUUAUUUUUAGGCCACCGUGGAUAAGAUCAAGAAGAGCAGACAGUCGACUUGUGUCGCGUUCACAACUUCUUCAUCGGUUGACUUUUCACGUCGCCGUUUGGCCGGAGCUCGGUUCUGACAGCCAUCUGCCAGCUGAGGGAAGCUGUCACGGAUGUCUGUAGAAGGACGUGUGAAGGUGUCCUACGCUUUCCCAAACGGGGACAGAUAUGAGGGCGAGUGCUGCACAUCUGCAUCAGGAGUGAUGAUGAGGAGCGGCACCGGUCGACACAUUUCAGCCAAUGGGCUCAAAUACACAGGAGAGUGGCACGAGGACAAGAUGCAUGGCAGAGGGACCCUCCAGCAUCCCUCUGGAGCUCUGUAUGAAGGAGAAUUCAAAGACGGCGUGUACCACGGCGCGGGGACGUACACCUUCCCAGACGGCUCCACUUACAAAGGGCACUUUCACGAGAACAAGCUGGAAGGUGAAGGAGUGUUCAGCGACGCACGAGGACUGCUUUGGACGGGGCAGUUCCAUGGCAAAGCAGCGCUGGGCCUCAAAAUGCAGCACAACAUUUAGUGGGGAAAUGUCAUGUAGCAGUGUGAACCUGACACUAAUGUCUGCAUCUAUUAGAAAAACUUAAUCCUAA